GCACACACACGCACGCACACCCCACGGCGAGGGGAGGGCGCCGGGCAUCGCAGCCGAGGUGCUAGCUCCUCCUUGUCCCGCCGGCCACUGCUGAGCGGUCGCGGGGCAGCUGCACUAAUCCCCGGGGUACGGAGAGCUCCCGCUGGGGCGACAGCGGCGGGGUGCGGGAAAGCCGAGAAGCAGAGCGGCCGAAUCCUCGCGCUGUGGAGCCCCCAGGAUUACAAGGAAUUGCUUGGUCCUGGCCAGACGCGAGCGAGUUAUCCCAGAGAGCCAACAUCCCUUGCACCCUACUGUCCAAAAUAAUCUCUUGGACUCUGAGAAGACAGGGGGGCUUUCGGGACCAUGGCGUCGACAGAAGGUGCCAACAAUAUGCCUAAGCAAGUAGAAGUGCGGAUGAAUGAAAGUCAUUUAAGUCCAGUGGAGAACAGCUCUAGGAACAUAUGUGUGCAGUUCUGUCAGUCCCUCCACAGGAAUCUGCUCCUGACUCUUACUGUAUUUGGUGUCAUCCUGGGUGCACUCUGUGGGGGUCUUCUUCGCCUAGCAGCACCUAUUGACCCUGAUAUCAUCAUGUUAAUAGCUUUCCCAGGAGAUAUACUUAUGAGGAUGCUAAAAAUGCUGAUCCUCCCUUUAAUUAUCUCCAGUUUAAUCACAGGACUGUCUGGUCUAGAUGCUAAAGCAAGUGGCCGAUUGGGUACAAGAGCAAUGGUCUACUACAUGUCCACCACUAUUAUUGCUGCCGUGCUGGGUGUGAUUUUGGUUUUAGCCAUCCAUCCAGGGAAUCCGAAACUCAAGAAACAGCUUGGUCAAGGGAAGAAGAAUGAUGAAGUAUCUAGUCUGGAUGCUUUCUUGGAUCUGAUCCGAAACCUGUUCCCUGAAAAUCUAGUCCAAGCAUGCUUUCAGCAGAUCCAAACUGUCACCAAGAAAGUGCUAGUGCCACCACCCAUUGAAGAACCACCUAAUAUCACUGAUUCUGCUUUUGCUAUGAUGAAUGAGACAGUGCGUGAAGCACCACCAGAAGCCCAGCUGGUCAUUAAGAAGGGACUUGAAUUUAAGGAUGGCAUGAAUGUCCUUGGUUUGAUAGGAUUCUUUAUUGCUUUUGGCAUUGCUAUGGGGAAAAUGGGAGAACAGGCCAAGAUGAUGGUGGAUUUCUUCAACAUCCUGAAUGAGAUUGUAAUGAAGUUGGUAACUAUGAUCAUGUGGUAUUCCCCUUUGGGCAUUGCAUGCCUCAUCUGUGGAAAAAUCAUUGCAAUCAAGGACUUGGAAGUAGUUGCUAAACAACUUGGCAUGUACAUGGUCACUGUGAUUGUGGGUCUUCUCAUCCAUGGAGGAAUCUUCCUGCCUCUGCUGUACUUCGUGAUAACAAGGAAAAGCCCAUUUUCAUUCUUUGCUGGGAUUUUCCAGGCAUGGAUCACAGCACUAGGCACAGCUUCCAGUGCUGGAACAUUACCUGUCACAUUCCGGUGUCUUGAAGAAAAUCUAGGCAUUGAUAAGCGUGUAACAAGGUUUGUUCUUCCUGUUGGAGCAACUAUUAACAUGGAUGGAACUGCCCUUUAUGAAGCUGUGGCUGCCAUCUUCAUAGCACAGAUGAAUGGAAUUGAGCUAGAUGGAGGCCAAAUAGUUACUGUGAGUUUGACCGCAACCCUUGCAAGUGUUGGAGCUGCCAGUAUUCCCAGUGCAGGACUUGUCACUAUGCUUCUGAUCCUUACUGCAGUGGGUCUCCCUACUCAGGACAUCAGUUUGCUUGUUGCUGUUGACUGGCUUUUGGACCGGAUGAGAACUUCAGUCAAUGUAGUGGGGGAUUCUUUUGGUGCUGGCAUUGUCUACCAUCUUUCCAAGGCAGAGCUUGACACCAUUGAUUCCCAUCAUAAAGGGCACGAGGACAUUGAAAUGACCAAGACUCAGUCAAUCUAUGACGACAUGAAAAAUCAUAGGGAAAACAACUCAAACCAAUGUGGUUUUGCAGCUCACAACUCAGUCAUAGUAGAUGAGUGCAAGGUAACACUGGCAACCAAUGGCAAAUCUGCAGACUUCAAUGUUGUUGAAGAAGAGCCUUGGAAAUCUGAAAACUAAGGGAAGAGGUUCCUAGCUCCAUCUCUAAUAAGCUCUGAAGCUAUCUUCUGGCAAAAGAUAUAACAAAGAAGAUUUCUCCUUUUUCUGUUUAAUAUCUACAAUUUCUGCUUACUUAAUUUCUUAACUGAAACUUAGCAAAGAUCUCAUCAAGUCAUUGUAUGUCUUUUCCAAGCAAUGAUCCAUAACUAUCUGUGUCCUUUGUGCAAAUGGAGAAUAUUCCAUGCAGUGCGGUGUGCUCUCACCUGCCUCCCCUUUUGUUCAAGACACAGAAAAUGUAAAUGCUGCAAAAUGGGAAGAUCGAAGUGCCAGUAUGGUUCACUACAGGGACUCAGGGUCACAAAUACAAGAGAAACAAAGCACCACUUAAACCUUCAAGUGUUUUAAUGACUCUUGUGGCAUACCUGAUCUGUUUAGCACUGUAUGGUUAAAUUCCUUUUGAAAAUGUCCAAGAAGAUUUCUAUUUGUUUUAAUAAUAACAAGCACUGUAUUUUGUGCGUAGUUAUACUUUAAACUGAACUUAAACCCAGGGGCAAGAUUGAUGUUAAUAAUUCCAGACAUUUUAUCAGAUCAAUACAAUUAAUUAACAAUACAAGACCUUAAACUUGUAAGUGUAUGUGUGUGUGUAUGUGAUGUGUUUUUACGAGCUGUCCCAGCUUUAUUUUAUGAUCCAGCUGUGCUGCUUUGUGACCACAAUGCAUCAUAUAAUACAAGGCAGUAUUACUGCAACGGUGGUAGUUCCUUCACCAAAUCUCUGCCUGAUGUUAUAGAUACAGAAUACCAUGGGCUCAAUUGUGCCAUUCUUAAUCAAUGUAGGUAGCCCCUUACUAUUCAACCUCCUCCACUGAUGUCAGAUGAUCUCCAUUCAUGUGGACAGGACUACUCAAGUAAGGCACUGCUAAGAUUGAUCAUGGAUGUCAUGAUUGGGUACUUGAUAAUGAGUUACAAACAAAUUCUGAAACCAUUACUUUAAGAAAUAGAGAAAUUUUGGAUCAUCAGUAGCAUUUCGGAUGAAGUGAAAACCAGAUUUCAAGUAUAUGUAAUCUUGCAGGGAAUGGCUAAAUCCUGAUUUCACUGCUAAGCCAAAUUCUAUAUACUGUUAAUAGGGUUAGGACUGAAUGAAGAA